CACCGAGGUAGCGCCGCUGCUUGCUUGUUUUGUGUCUCACUCUUGUCUUCCUGCAUUUCGUGGGAGGGGCGUGUGAGUGUGCGGCGCUGUUGGGUUUGUCGUCUGUUCGGUGUUCUCCAUGUUGCCUUGUUCUGGGUUGUCUCGGUGUUUCCAGUGUGCGUGGGGUGUUGCUUGGGCCAGGUCACGUCGUGGGGCGGGUCCCCGCCUUAGGCAACUCCGGCGAGUGGGUCUGGGUCGUCGGCUUUUCGUCACCUGUGUUGUUUUCGUUUCUUUGCCUCGGUGGGCGCUUCUUGUGUGAUUCAGUGUUGGUUUUGUGUUGUUUGCUUGGAGGCAGGGGUG